AUGGGGGUUAUCCGUACUAUCGCGCUGACAGUCUUGGGUAUCUCAGUAUUUGUUUUCAUCACGCUAUUUGGGCGCCUGCCCGCUUUCAGGAAAACACCGAUCGCCUUCUUACACCGGGUCGUGUGGGUACACAUACCCAACGGGGUUGCCUUCCUCGACUUCCAUCUGUUUGGUGGACGUCUAAUGCGAGCAUGGACACGAUCAGGUAGCUAUAUGUGGAAUGAAAACCACCCCGUGAUCCUGAUCUUUUUUGUGGGCCUGCUCGCCAUAGGGGAAGCUGUUUUUCUUCCACCAGCGUGGCCUCGCAUGCCAGGCGUUCAUAAGCCGUGGGUUCCCGUGGUUGUGAUCUUACCCUAUGUACUACUGUACAAAUGUGUGACGACCAAGUCGUUUAUCACACCCGAGAAUCAUGAUCAAGAGAUGAAGCGGUACCCGUAUGAUCGGGUGCUUUUCCAUCCAGGUCAUCGUUGUCGAACCUGUGAUCUGCCUAAACCGCCACGCAGCAAACAUUGCAACAUCUGCAAAGGCUGCGUUUCUCGACAUGACCACCACUGUGUCUGGCUCAUGAAUUGUGUUGGCGCCAAUAAUUAUGUCUAUUUCAUGUCGUUACUACUCUCCUUGACAAUUUUAUUGGUCUAUGGAACCUUUGUCGGUUAUCAGCUCUUGUGCCAAACACUCGAGACACGGGUGACGGCAGAGGGGAAAGCAGCCAUGAAAGGUUGGACAAUGUACUUCCAUAUUUGGGCACUUGUGAUCACUGCCGAUUACAAGAUUGGUACUGUCACCUUACUUAUGCUGAUGACUGCGCCGCUAGCGGCCGCCUUCUUGAUCUACCAUAGCUACCUGGUUUGGGCUGGCACUACGACCAACGAAAGUGCCAAAUGGUCAGACUUGAAAGACGACGUCGAGGAUGGAUUUGUGUUCAAAGCAAAGCGGUCCCAAAUUGAAAAUGCACCACCCUAUACGGAUUUUGGCGAUGAGCCUUGGCCGGUACAAAGUGACCAGAUUUUGGUCACGGAUGAUGAUCCGCCAAUGGAGGGAUAUGUUUUAGAAGCAGAUUCAAAUCGUGUCCAUUACAAUUGUACUGGAGAGGUGCCAAUUGAUUCACGGUGGAGGCCAGUCCAUAGUAUGAAUGAGCUGGAUAAUAUCUAUGACAUUGGAUUUUGGGGCAACUUCAAAGAUGCUAUGGGAAUGUCGCUGAUGCUCAAGGUGAUACUAGCUGGGACCUUGAGCCACUAUGAAGCCCGGGGUAUGAUUGAUGACAAACGCCUAGAGCACAUGCUGGCUGCUGGAAAGCAAAUCUUGUACAAAACACACCAAGAGAGCGAAGUUCGGCAUAACCUCGGUAUGUCCCCAGACAUCUGGCAGGGCCUCACAGAUGUCCUGACAAAGGCGAUUCCGGUCCUCGAGUCGCAGUCAUUCGCGUGGAAGAGCCCAUCCGCCACCUAUGAACAUUCCUCCUCAAAUCUCAUCGCAUACAAUUAUUUUUCGCUGGUAAAGGACAUUGAACGUCUUAACGACCUGUGCACAAUUGCGCGGAAUUUGCUCGCCACCACCAAGAAGGCACAGAAUCUGGCAGCUGCAAAAGGCUUCGACCAGAGAAUUCUCGCCUUGAUUGAUACAUGUGUGCGAGUGACAGCUAGAGGAUUUGACGGCGAGACAAAUGCCCGCAAUGAGGAGCGUUGGCAAAAGGUAGUCAAUCUUUACAAGCGCCUGCUGAUAACUUGCCUCCAAUAUCUGCAUAAUUUCAUUAUGCACAAUGAGCAACGAAAGAUGGUCCUUUGGUUGGAUCUUUUCGGAUAUCACUCCACUGCCGAUACAAAUAUCAUCAAGCCCAAAGACGCAUUGGACCCUACCGCUCGGGCCGAGGGGGUUGCGCCUGUUGUGAAGAUAGGAGAGCGCGUAAUUAACCCACCCAUCCGGGCAUUAUAUGACCAAACUGCCGAAGACCUGCUACUGGAAACUAUCGCCAAGUUUCCACGUGAACCUUCUACAAUUAAGGAAGAAGCUGCUAUGCUACUCUUGGCGAACAUCAAGGAUCACAUGGAGAAAAUUCUGGGGCGGGAUCUAACUGAUAUUCAAGAGAUGGGAAGAGAUCCGGAGCAAGUCAAAUACAUACGCGCUGCUUUAACCUCAAUCCUGGGAGCGAAAGUGGAUGGGUGGUCUGAUCUCCAGGAUCGAGCUCGCGAAAUGCCACCUGCACUAACGGAAGAAGAUGAGCAUGGGCCAACAAAAAAGAAGACCAUCCUAACCAUUGACCGCAGCAUGACCGCUGGAUUCCCGCGUUUGUGUUGGGCUGAUUUGCCCGAGGUCGACGAUUAUUUGUUAGAUUGCCCUGUGUCAGAGGAAGAUACCAGCAUGCCUCGGACGUCUCAAUCUGCAGCGGAGACCCUGCAGGAGGCUAAGGAUGAAUUGAUGGCGCGCCUGCAGGAGUCAUCCCACCUCGGCGAUGGUGAUGCGGAUUACGACACGGCCGAUGCAGGAACAGUGGGUGAUGAUGAUUCUCACAGCCUGGAAGGCCACGCGGAUGGAAGCAUCGAAGGAGACGAAGAUGAUGAGGGAGAUGAUGUUGAUGGUCCUGAUGACGGUGCGGAGGUGGAUGAUGAAGAAGAUGACGAUGACUACCGUGGCCGCCCCGGCGAUCAACAACGGGGUCUCUUGACCGACAUCCCUCUUGUCUUGGGCCCUGCUGAGAUUGAGGCACUGCCCAUGAUUGUUCAAGCAGGAAUAGUGGACAGCUUUGGACUCAAGGGCGGGGAAAGGAACGGUUCGCGGAACAUGCAGGCUCUCCGGUGCCAUACUCUCCUUGCACAGGAGACGGGUCGCAACUUGCUCCGUGAGCUUUUGAUAUUCAUCGCAGCCUGGGACCUUCCUGAUGACGAGCUUUAUUUCAAGAUGAUGGUCCAGAUCAUGGAAGCUGUGCUACGUAACGGACUCAUGUCGGCUGCCUACUCUGACUUCGGUCAGCCCAAAGAUAUCAUUUCACCAGCCCAGGCAGUAGUGAUAAAGAUACUCACUCACAUCUUCCGUGCCAAAUACUCUCCAGCCUCGGUGACCGGCUCAUCUCAAAAUAACACCCCUCGGACCCCAUCGCCGCUCAGCCGGGUUGAUAUUCUCACCGUCCGAUACAUUUUUACCAUCUUCCGUGGCAAUAUCAUCCCGGAAACAUGUGCUCUGAUCUAUCUUCAAGGCCAGAUUCGCGCGGACCGUGCCCUUCCAGAAGACUUCCCGCUCAACUUGUGGGACAUGGAACGGGUCUACGAGGGUGUAUAUCAGUUCCUCGAGUUCUUCGCCGUCCUGACCGAGAAUAACGACUGGAAGAACCUGCUGGUGAAAUGGGAAAUUGUCUAUGACUUGGUAACUCUGAUCAAGGAGCUAGAGGCCAGUAUCCCUAAGGGUCAACUUAACUCUCUAUCAUAUGGUUCAGUUCCUCCCCCACCACCACCUCCACCUCGUAGCACCUCACCAGACGAGCAGUCACCUUCGUCACCGGCUCCAGUUGCCGUUGAGCGUCCUUAUGACCCAGGCGACCCUGAUCCUAUUGACAACGUUGCUGGCAGCGUCGACUCGCGUCCGGAAUCUCCUCCGAUCACCGAAGACCCCUCGGAAUUUGAAUGGCGGAAUCUUAAGAAAUUGGUUGUUUUGGUCCUUUCGUCAUUGGUCUGGAAAUGCCCCGAGGUCCAGGAGCAGAUUCGUCGUUACGGUGGUGUCGAGGCUAUUUUAUCAUGUACUAACUUUGACACCAAUAAUCUCUACAUCAAGGAGCAUGCAGUUAUGUGCUUGAAGUUCUUGUUGGAGGGCAACCGCGAGAAUCAGCGUCUGGUGGAGGAGCUGGAAGCUCGGGAGGUUGUCAGCAAUGAUGGUGGCAUUUUGGAGAAGAAUGGCUAUGAGGCUAUGAUCAACCAGGCUGGUAAACUUGCCAUUCGAGCCAAAGAGACCAACAAAUAG